UGCUGCACCUUUAAAGCUGCCAAGAUAACAGAACCACAGAAGUAAGCAUCAAGAUUAGCCACUUAAACUGGGCUUGUGGUGAUGCUGGCUGCUUAAUCCACUUUAUAUCAGUUCUGACUUUGAAGAUGAUGUUUAAUCAAAACCUUGAACACCACUAUCAGUAGAUUGUGACACGAUAUGGUGUAUGGCUAUCAGACACCCCUUCAAAUGGCUGAAAAAGGCUUGCCUGGUUGUGCUGCAAGUGUAGGCUGCACUCUGUUUCAAGCCGCGAUGAGCCACAGUAAAGGUGGGAGUGAAAAUGUAUGUGUGAAUUAUGACACAAGCACUGCCCUGGCUUUGGCUAGCCUGGAUGUUAAUACUUCACAGAUGCACCAAGGCUUACAUUUUGACAUUUUUUUCUUGCUUUGCUUUGAGGUGUAUAUCUUGACUGCUCUGAAUGUUAUGUUGUUAAUGUUAUCUUAUAGCACUGAGAUGCUGGAAAGUGGUUUGUUGGCCUCUGUUCUGUGGAUGUACGUGAGUGUAUGUUGGUGGCUCCACCCACUGAGUGGGCUUGCGUAGUGCUAUGACUCAUCCCCUCUCUUCAGAGGCUUGAUGGAAUUCAACACACACAAACACACUGGACUGAAUACAUCAUGCCGACUGAGCUUCACCACAGAACUGAAAUAUGCAGACCUGGAUAAUGUUAUAGUGGUCAAUGGACAUCAGAUCAUGGACGAGCCCAUGGAGGAGGGAGAGUCUUUCUCACACUGCGAUGAUGGGACAUAUAAGGAGAUUCCUAUCACCCACCAUGUGAAAGAGGGCUGUGAGAAAGCGGAUCCAUCUCAGUUUGAACUGCUCAAAGUCCUCGGCCAGGGCUCUUUUGGCAAGGUAUUUCUUGUCAGGAAGAUCGUGGGUCCAGAUGCUGGUCAGUUAUAUGCAAUGAAAGUUCUAAAAAAGGCAUCUUUGAAAGUCAGGGACAGAGUUCGCACUAAGAUGGAAAGAGACAUUUUAGUGGAAGUCAAUCACCCCUUCAUAGUGAAAUUGCACUACGCCUUUCAGACAGAAGGGAAACUGUAUUUAAUACUGGACUUUCUCAGGGGAGGGGAUGUAUUCACUCGCUUAUCCAAAGAGAGAGUAAAUGUGUCCAGUUCUUAUCAGGUUAUGUUUACAGAGGAAGAUGUGAAAUUCUACCUUGCAGAGCUGGCCCUGGCCCUCGACCAUCUGCACAACCUGGGCAUAGUUUACAGAGAUCUCAAGCCAGAGAACAUCUUACUUGAUGAAGCUGGACACAUAAAGUUAACAGACUUUGGCUUGAGCAAAGAGUCAGUAGAUGCUGAUAAGAAGGCGUAUUCCUUCUGUGGUACGGUGGAGUAUAUGGCCCCUGAGGUGGUCAACAGGAGAGGACACACGCAGAGUGCGGACUGGUGGUCUCUGGGAGUACUUAUGUUUGAGAUGCUAACAGGGACAUUACCAUUCCAAGGGAAAGACCGCAAUGAGACCAUGAACAUGAUUCUCAAAGCUAAGUUGGGAAUGCCCCAGUUCCUAAGUUUGGAAGCCCAGAGUUUGCUGAGAAUGCUGUUUAAACGUAAUCCUGCCAACAGACUAGGAGCCGGGCCCGAUGGAGUGGAGGAGAUCAAACGCCACGCUUUCUUCUCCACCAUCGACUGGAAUAAACUGUACAGGAGAGAACUCCAGCCCCCAUUCAAGCCUGCAGCAGGAAAACCAGAUGACACGUUCUGCUUUGACCCAGAGUUCACUGCUAAAACGCCUAAAGACUCCCCAGGUAUCCCGCCCAGUGCUAACGCCCACCAGCUCUUCAAAGGCUUCAGUUUUGUUGCUCCAACCCCGAUGGAUGAGAACAAGAGCUCCCCACUGCUCAGCAUACUCCCUAUAGUUCAGAUGCACGGGGGCUCAGCCAAGUUCUCAGAUCUGUACGAGCUGCAGGAGGACAUAGGGGUUGGCUCUUACUCCAUUUGUAAACGCUGUGUACACCGAGUCUCUGCCAUGGACUAUGCUGUGAAGAUUAUAGACAAAAGUAAGAGGGACCCCUCUGAAGAGAUCGAAAUCCUGAUGCGAUACGGACAGCAUCCCAACAUCAUCACUCUGAAAGACGUGUAUGAUGAGGGCAGGUAUGUUUAUCUGGUGACAGAGCUAAUGAAAGGAGGGGAGCUGUUGGAUAAGAUCCUCAGGCAGAAGUUUUUUUCUGAGAGAGAGGCCAGUGCUGUGCUCUACACCAUCGCCAAGACUGUUGACUACCUCCACUGCCAAGGGGUGGUACACCGAGACCUGAAGCCCAGUAACAUUCUGUAUAUGGACGACUCGGGGAAUCCUGACUCCAUCAGGAUCUGUGACUUUGGAUUCGCCAAGCAGCUUCGGGGGGGCAACGGCCUCCUCCUCACGCCCUGUUACACCGCCAACUUUGUGGCACCAGAGGUACUAAUGCGGCAAGGUUAUGAUGCAGCUUGUGAUAUAUGGAGUCUCGGAGUUCUACUGUAUACAAUGCUGGCAGGGUACACGCCGUUUGCUAAUGGGCCAAACGACACACCGGAAGAGAUUCUACUCCGAAUAGGGUCUGGAAAGUUCUCUUUGACCGGCGGCAACUGGGAUACUGUAUCAGACACCUCAAAGGACCUGCUGUCUCAUAUGCUCCAUGUGGACCCUCACCAGCGAUACACAGCAGAGCAGGUUCUAAAGCAUUCCUGGAUCACCUGCAGAGAUGCGCUCCCACACUUCCAGCUCACACGCCAUGAUGCACCGCACCUCGUCAAGGGAGCCAUGGCUGCCACCUAUUCAGCACUGAGCCAGAAGACAAGUCAGCCGGUGUUGGAGCCUGUGGCAGCGUCUAGUCUAGCGCAGAGACGCAGCAUGAAGAAACUCACCUCAACAGACAUGUAGACACACAAACACUUACCGCUCACCCUCCAGUUUUGACCUCACUCUCAGUCGGACUCUCAUACACAAACGCGCACAUACACAGACCGAAGUCCUGGCCAGUCAGACCCACUGUCUCCCUUUUUAAACCUAUUUAUUUGACAACACCCAACAUAUGCACCCGCACCCAACUUAACAUGCACGCACACACUGGACGAGGUUGCAUUGUGAAGACGUCAGCUGAAGAGGAAGAGGGGAAACUCACAUAUCUGUUACUGCUGGGGAGACAGACUUGUAUUUAUUUCCACAGCUUUCAUAUGCACUUGCCCUCCUCGCCUUUCAUUCUUUCUUCCUCGUGUGGGGAAGAAACGCACCAGCUGAUGUUCUCCUUCACUGUGAUUGGCUGAUUCAAAGCUGCUUCGGUAAACUGUGCCCCCCCACUGCUCUUCAUCUGCGCUCUGCCAUCCUCCUCCUCCUCCUUCUCCUCCUCCUCAGUUCUCUCUCCUUCCCUUGUUUGCUUUUGCUCUCUUCUUUUCUUCAAAGUGAAGUUAUGGUUUAUGUGUGAGAGUGUUGGUGUGAUGAUAUUGACUGAGGGACAUUGUAUGACUGUUUCCUCUCUUAAAAAUAAAACGAUAUGAUUCUGCUUGUGGCGGAGUAAAAAGUCCCUCUGGAUCAAUAUCAUCUACCAGCACUUUUGGUAACAUAAAUGCAUGUGUGGACACAACCUGUAUUUCUUUUUCCUUGAAAUUCACUGUCUGACUCAUGUUACUUUGUGAUGCUAACAAUGUAUCAAAAAGGAAAAAUAAGCUGCAGAUGGACAAAAGAUAAUGUCUAGAGUUCGAAGGUGAAACUAUGUGGUAACGAUAACAGAAAUUCUAGUUUGCAAAAAAUAUAUAAAUAUAUAUAUAUAUAUAUAUACAUAAAUAUAUAUAUAUAUAUGAAGAUUAUGAAGAUGAAGAGCAUGUGGGGGAGCUGUAGGGAUUUCUCUGGGGGGGACGGGACGUACCCUGUCAAACCAGAGAGGCUGAAUUAAAAAAAAAUUUCCAUGGAUAUCUCUUAAAAAAGACAUUGUGGAAAUUGUAUGAUAUUGUAUUUAUUUCAUUUGAUUUUUAAGAUUCUAUUUUUCUUUCAAGUUCUGUAUAUAUUGACAUUAAAGAUCAUUAUUGACAUGCA